GGACAAUCGUGCAUAUAGCUAUAUAUUCAUUUGUUACUUAUGGAGGUGUGAUGGAGGCGCAGUGGUCGAAGAUAGCCAAUUUCAUGUUUGCGAUUUCAAGGAACUUGGUAUGUCAAUAUGGCUGGUAAUAAAGUAAGUGCUAAGACGAGAGGAAAAGAAGACAGGAGCAAAUUUAAUAAAAAUGUUACGCAAAAUAAUGAAGACUCGGAAGAUCUCGAUUAUAGUUUGCUUAGAAAGCCCAUACCUACAAGUGUUACAGGGUUUGCUCAAGCAAGAAAAGUGUUUGAUUUAGCAACAGAGGAGCUUAAAGAACUGCUUACAAAUGAAUGUGAUUUGUUAUAUGAAUGCAAAGUGUGCAGAAAUUUAUUUAGAAGUUUAAUGAAUUUCAUUUCACAUAAAAGGAUUUAUUGUAAGGAAAAGUUCAAUUGUGCAGUGCACAGCCAUUUCACAAGUGUCAACUCAACGGCCAACGAAUUACUGAAGAUAAAAAAGUUUGAGGAGAAUUAUUCAGAGUUUUUAAAAGAAAAAACUCAAGAACCAAGUGAAAAUGUUGAGGAAAAUGAUGUGAUUCCUAUGACAAAAGAUUUAACAACAGUAAUUGAAAAGAUUGUCACGUCUCGAGGUAUUCAAGAGGAUCAGUUGAAAGAACAAGAUGUGGUUUUGCAGAAAAUUCCCAAAACAUCUGUUGCUGUUUAUCAAAAUAUUAAGUACAAUGAUACUUCCAAUGUGGAUGAUAUGCAAACACAGGUGAAUGAAUUGGAUACAAUACUAUCACGACAAAAUGCAGUAUUACAAAGUGAUGGCAAAUUCAAAAUUGAGAGCAAUGUGGAUUCUGAAUCUGAAGGUGUUAUACAAAUAAGUGAUGAUGAUGACAAUGAUUGCACAGGCAAUCUUAAGUGUAAAAUAUGCGAGCUACAAUUCUCAACGCAAAAGACGUUAAAGUCUCAUAUAAAAACGAAGCAUUUGGAAAGCCGUCUCGUUUACCCAUGCCCUGAUUGUCUCGAAAUAUUCUCAACGUCAUGGAGUGUUUACAGACAUUUAUUCAAAGUUCAUCGAAAAACUGCAGCGCAGAUUCGAAGGUUGCGUGAAACUAUUCAAUCGAAAUCCUUCCGUAUGAACAACCCACCGGCGUUUUAUGAAAAACGCAAGUCUAAUAUGAAAAAUGCUACAGUACAGAAAAUUACUGAAGAGGAGAGAAUAGAUCAAGAAAAUCAGGCGUGGAUGGACAACAUGGAGGGCGACGGCGAGGUGCCGCGGUGCGGCGGGUGCGGGCGCACGUUCGAGCGGCGCGCGGCGCUGGCGGCGCACACCAACACGUGCCAGCCCCGCGUGCGCGCGCUCGCCGCCGCGCGCCGCCCGCCCGACACCAAGCGCAUCGAGAUACAGAUCCGCAAGGACUACCACAAGGGGCCGCCGCCGCCCGCUAGAGAAAAGAACAUUGCCGAAGACGCACCGUCACCUUCGAAACCGCAAGUACAAAAUGAGAAAAAGGAAGCUCCAAUUGAAAACACUUUGACCGAAGCCAUUAUGAGUAUUGUUGGAGUGUCCACCAAUCAAGAAGUGGUUGAUAGCGCGCCUAUAAAACAAAUUACUGAAGAUCCGCCUAAACCUGGUAUUAAUGUAGAUACUUUCAAACCUAUGCAUAAAUUGAGGUUUUCUCACCAAGCCGAGAAGAGCAAUUUUAAUGCAUUAAAAAGAAAAGUACUACAGGAUGUCGAUAUAGACCAAUCGUCGUGUAAAAAAUGUGAAUUUAAAUGUAAGCAACCGAACGAACUUUACAGCCAUGUAGCAGGUCACUACAAAUGGUUGCGUUAUGCAUGCAAACUGUGUAAUUUCAAACAUUAUGAAUUCGAGAAAGUUCCGGAGCAUGUGAAGAUAGUACACAAACUAAAGGGUGAUUUUGAUUUCUAUUUUAGUACAGUUAAAGCGAUUGAUGGUGUCGAAGCGACAUUGUUAUCUGAUGUUACUGAAGAAGCAAGUGAAACAAAUGCAACUAGUCCUGACUCCAGGCGACCUAGUAGAUGUUCCAGUGAUUCUAGCAGAUUGUCUGAUGACAGCUCAUCGAGUAGUACAAGGGUAGAAACUGGAAGUAGAAAGAGGAAAUCGAAUCCAUAUAGAAGCAAUACAAGGAAAAGGAGAGAGGUCACUAAUGAUGAAGCUGAUGGUGAUAGCAAAGAUGGUGAAGAUUCACCCCAAAAAGACGUCAUAAAAUUAGAUAACGACUCAUCUUCAAAUUCAAAAAUAUUUGAUGAAAAUUCGUCUGAUAUAGAUGACUCUGAGGAAAAGAGUAGUAAACGUCUCAGACUCGAUGAUAUAACGUCAGUCGUACCAAGAAGACCAGUAAGAAAACGGACUAGACCUAAAAAUGAAGAUUUUGAAUAUGAUUUAUCUAAUCUCCUCAAAAUGGAAGCGCAGGGCUACAGGGAUUCGGUAUCAGUCUCUAAUGUUAAAACGGUUUCAAAUAAAAAGAAACUACAUCAAGAGCUGCAAAAUAAUUAUAACAGUAUUAAUAAAGAAUGUUGUGGAGCUUUGACUUCGCUGUCUAGAUUAUCCGUCGACAGUGGUAAAGCUCAUAUGAAAACUUCCAAUUUUGCAAUUUACUCAUCAAAUAAAGAACAAAGGAUAUCAAAUAUAUUUGUUAGACCCAUGCUGCCAAAAAUUACUCGCGUAGAUAAAACUUCCCUUUUAAAAGAACCGUCAGAAAAUAAGGAUAUAAGUAAAAGUACAAAAGUUCCCGACACGAACGAACCUGUAGUACAACAAAUUAUAGAAGAUGAUAAAUCACCAAGUCCUCCUGUAACUGAAUCAAAUGUAGUAGAUAGCAAUAAAGUUAAUAGUGAAACCAAUAAUACAAAAGAAGUUAACAAUGAAAAUCCCGCGAGUCAAACCACCGAUUCUAGUUCACAAGAUAAAACCAAAUCAAAUUUAAAUUUAGUUCCGAUAAAAUUCCGGAAACAAAGUAUAGACCUUAUGAAAAAUCCCCUCAUUAAAAAGAAUAUUACCGACUUUAGCAAGGCCGGUAUGAAAACAAAAAUUCUCGUCAUCAAACCUUUGAACAGGAAAGAUGGCGCUCAAAGUAUAAAUACACCUUUGAAGUUUCAAACGAUAAAGUUAAAAGAACCCGUAAAUAUUUCCAAUGAGGAGAAGAAGUCAGAUCAGGUUGUUGUAGUGAAAGUGCCCAAAGUAGAUUGUGCGCGACCAGUUAUAGUUAGUAACAAUAAUAAAGAAAGUAGUUCCUUAUCGGAUACUAAAGCGACAGACAGUGAAAAAGACAAAGGAGAAAAUUGUGAUAGUAAAAUAAGUGAAGAAAAUUGUACUGAAGCUGAUAACGAAAAGAUUUCAAAUGUAAAUAGUGAUAUAGCUCAAUCUGAAGCUUUUUCAACUGAAAUCUCGGUGCCUGUGGCUGAUACAGAUGUAGCAGUCCAAAGCUGAAUUAAAUAAUAUUAUAAUGUAUUUUUAUUUUACAACAUGUACAGGUUAUGUUAGUUAGCUAUGCCAAUUAAAUGAUAUAAUAAUUA